CAUCCAUCUGUCAAAUUUUCCAAAGCGUCACAGCAGCACGGCAGCCAGAAGUCCUGCACGAACCCGCUCACAAGACUCAAAUUGACCCAAAUUGACCAUAAUUUUUCUGUCGCGGAGUCUCACUCGGUCCCGAAAUUCCCGCAUCAAACACUAUUGUUCUCGCUCCAGCUUGCCAAUCAACGCCGCACCCGGUAUCAAAACUUGUCGUCUCAUGUAGAACAGAGUCGCCUCCGUUUCCUAGUUGAGCUUGAUCGAUCGUUAGUACGUCGGCAAGCAUCUGCACGCCAGCCGCUAGCGGUGUAAGAACCCGUCCAGCCUUCGGGACCGACUGAAGAACCUCAUCAUGCCCGCGACCCCAGAAUCGCAACUUGGCGAUGGCUCGGCAAAUAAUGAUAGCACGCCGCCUGCCGGCUCCUCGCUUAGCCAUACGCCCACCAAUCCAGAUGCCUCUAUGGUCAAGGUCACAAGAGGUCAUAGCUGCGUCUUAUGCCAACAACGUAAGGUCCGGUGCGAUAAGAGCAAGCCUUGUUCCAAUUGUGUAAAGGCCGGCGUCGAGUGCCGCGUUGUGCCACCCCAGCCUCCUCGGAGGCGCAAGAAGCGCAUCCCCGAACGAGAUCUAGUCGAGCGCUUGCGGAAAUAUGAAGCCCUCUUAUCUCAAAAUGGCAUCGAAUUUGACUCGUUGGGACCGGACGUCAAGAUUGUGGAUCCCGGUUCCGUUGAAGACGGUGACGAGCUCGAACCGGAGUUUAUAAGACAGCGAAGCAAGGAGUCUCCAGCCGGUGUGGACCUUAAUCUGAUCUCAUCUCCCGGAGAGGCUGCCCACGUCCCCAGGACUUUUAAGUGGUUUCCUUUUCAGAAGGAGUAUCGAGCAAUAGGUGAAACCAUUAGAGAUUCAUCCGACGAGGAGGACGUUGGGUCGUCAAUUAAUCAAGCUUACGACAAGAUGUUUGAGACAGCCGAUGGAUUUCCUUUUGUAGUUGGCGGCCAGUUCGAACCUGUCACCGACCAGCACCCGUCAGCCAUCCAAAUAUUCCAGUUGUGGCAGAUAUACCUAAAUAAUGUCAACCCUCUCCUUAAACUGACACAUACACCAACACUGCAAGUGCGGAUUAUCGAGGCUGGCGCAAACCUCGAUAAGGUGUCUCGGCCUCUCGAGGCCCUAAUGUUUUCGAUUUACCUGAUGGCCAUCACGAGCGUAGACGAAGAAGAAUGUCAGACAACAUUUAACAACUCAAGAACUGCGUUACUAGCCAAGUACUACUACGCAACUCAACAGGCCCUUCUGAACGCGGGCUUUAUGCGCAACCCAGAUCUGACGUUGCUUCAGGCAUAUUUGCUAUACCUUCUUGGUAUUCGACAGUACUCCGAUCCUCGGUCGCUAUUCUGCUUGACAGGAAUAGGCGUACGUCUUGCUCAGCGGAUAGGGUUACAUCGUGACGGUGCUCAGUUUAAUCUAUCUCCGUUUGAGGUUGAAGAGCGAAGGCGUUUGUGGUGGACCCUCGCAGGCUUCGAUCGGCGAAUCGGAGAGCUUUGCGGUUCUAUAAUCACUGCUAUAUCUAACGGGGCCAACUGCAAGCUGCCGCUUAAUAUCAACGAUGCCGACUUGCAUCUGCACGCCAAGGAUCCACCUCCUCCUCAUACUGGUGCAACAGAGAUGAUGUUCUCUCUCACCCGUCUCGAGUUUGCUAAAGCUCCCGGAAAUGACAAGAUGAGGAGUCAAGUGUCUGAAUCAAAUCCGCAAGCCAUAACGAGCGUUGCUGACCACCGGUUGUCGAGUUACCUGGAACGUUUCUCCACUUACAUGGAAGACACUUAUCUCAGAUACUGCGAUCCCAAGGUUCCUCUUCAUUACAUGACUCUCCUUAUGACUCGGGCAAAUAUCUGCAAGCAAAAGAUAGUAUCAGGAUUUUUCCGCGUUGCACUUACUGCGCCUUCCCCUUUGCCGCUAGUCGAGAGAGAAGAUCUCUUCAUCGAGGCGAUUAAGAUGAUCGAAUACGACAGCAUGAUGCAAGCAAGGGAAAAUCUGAAGGGCUUCCUGUGGUAUACACAUAUGCAUUUUCCAUUCCCGGCAUAUAUCUGCCUGCUUACUGAUCUACGCCAUCGAACAACUGGGGAUCUAUGUGAACGUGCCUGGGAAACUAUCUGCGAGCAUGCUGACCGGAGGAAGAUGACAACUCACAUGCGGAGCCCGAUGCACCUAUCUUUCAGUCCACUCUUUGUAAAAGCAUGGGAUGCGCGUGAAGCCGCCGAAGCCGCACUCGGGCGUACCAUAGCCCCACCCCGUCUUAUUACUCACAUGAGACAAGUUGCCGCUCAUUUACCCAAGACAACUAAGAAGAAGACACCAGUUCCGACACCUUCUCCCAAGAUUCCCGUCGUAAGCGGCGCUUACGUCGCAACUCCGCAGACACCACCCGAACAACAGCAAACCGCUCCGGCAACAGUACCCUUAUAUGCGAAUAAUGAUAUGUUUGGCAGCGGCGGAAUGCCUCCAAUAGAUAUUAAUAGACAGUUCGCGACCGCAUUUCCAGACGUGAACUUCGGCGGGGAGAUGGAUUGGAAUUACCUAUUACAGGAAUAUGGACCCUAUAUGGGGGUCGCUCCCACACCACAGAUGAGUGCCUACGCGAACCAGGCAUCACUACAAGACCCUACUCAGGCUGCUGUUUGGCAGUAAUUGUAUGAUACUUUCUUUCAGGUAUAAGGGGCCUUCAACACGGUAUAUAUGGAUGAUGUUAUAUGACAGGGAUUAUAGGUUCGGUUUUGGAUGGUCAAAGGCACAUACCCAGCCAUCUUAAGGUGUAUAUAUAAAAAAUACUCGAAUAUUCGGGGAAUACU